UUUUAGGCGUUGUUCGGCGGUUAUGUGUAUCGACUACCGAAGGGGGGACGACGAAUUUUGCCUGUAUAAAAGGGAUUUGUGGCGCCAAUUUUGCCGUAUUCAUUUUUCCAACUUUGGUGUGGGUGGUGAAGUUUUUCAUUUUUGGAUUUACAAUGAAGUCUUUCGUUGCUUUGUGCUUGAUCGCCAUGGCGGGAUACGCCAACUGCGGACUGCUCUCAAUUCCCGUCGAGAACGCCUUGGUGAAGAGUCAGAACCUCGGAAGCAGCUUCUCUUACAGUACAGUCCAGACCCACGGACCUUCAUCGGUUUCCUCCUACUCCAUCGCCCAACCCCUUUACUAUCAACCUUUCCUCAACCCUCAACUGAUUAGCGGACAGUACUACUACCCCGGACUGGUGUCCCAAGCUCCCGGCGUCACUUAUCCCCAACAAAUCUUCGGACAACAGCCCAUCUACGUGCAGAACCCGAUUUUCGGCGGAUACCCGGUGCAACAGCCUCAGGAACCGAUCGUCGAGGCUCCCGUUCAGACUCCCGCUCAGCAAGAACCAGCCGGAAGUGUGGCCGUUGAUGAUGACACUAUUUCAGUGGAAGCUGCCUAAGCUCUGUAAAAAUUUGUAAAAUAAAUUAUUAUUUUUUAGAAA